AUCCACACAACCAGUAGUAGUGUCCCAAAAACAAAGUUAUAACAACACUUCCCAUACAAAAUGGGGAAACGAGUGUGACACCACAAACCAAACACACGCACAAAAACGCCAGAGCUACUGCUUUUUUUCUUCUUCUUCUUCUUCCUUCUCUUUGGUGCAAAAAAAUGGAGCAUUUCUACCUCAGCCUCCUCCUCCUCUUCGUAUCCUUCGUCACCCUCUCGCUGUUCCUCGUCUUCUACAACCACCGCUCUCAGUACAACUUCCCCAACCUCCCGCCGGGGAAACCCGGCCUGCCUUACGUCGGCGAGACGCUCGACUUCCUCUCCACCGGGUGGCAAGGCCGCCCCGAAAAGUUCGUGUUCGACCGCAUCGCAAAGUUCUCGUCCGAGGUGUUCAAGACCAACAUCGUCGGCAAGCCCGCCGUGGUCCUCGCCGGAGCCGCCGGGAACAAGUUCCUCUUCUCCAACGAGAACAAGCUGGUGGUCGCCUGGUGGCCGGACUCCGUCAACAAGAUCUUCCCCUUCACCCAGAACAGCUCCUCGGUCGACGAGUCCCGCCGCAUGCGCAAGCUCCUCCCCCAGUUCCUCAAAGCCGAAGCCCUCCAUAGGUACAUUGGGAUAAUGGAUUCGAUCGCCGAACGCCACUUCGCGUCCGGCUGGGAGAAGAAGCAAGAAGUACUGGUGUUCCCACUAGCCAAAAACUACACCUUCUGGCUGGCGUGUCGCCUGUUCGUGAGCGUAGAGGAUCCGAGCCACAUCGCCAAGUUCGCGGCGCCGUUCAACCUGGUGGCCUCCGGGAUCUUCUCCGUGCCGUUGGAUCUGCCGGGGACGCCGUUCAGGAAGGCCAUCCGUGCGUCCAAUUUCAUCAGGGCCGAGCUGCUCAACAUCAUACGUCAGCGGAAGGUGGAUCUGGGAACGGGGAAGGCCUCCGUGACGCAGGACAUCCUCUCCCACAUGUUGACUAUCAGUGACGAGGCCGGCCGGUUCAUGACCGAGCUCGACAUCGCCGACAAGAUCCUCGGCCUCCUCAUCGGCGGCCACGACACGGCGAGCGCGGCUUGUACCUUCAUCGUCAAGUUUCUGUCCGAGCUGCCCCACGUUUAUGAUGGAGUUUACAAAGGUAUGUUAGUUGGUAUGUACUGUUUUUCUUCAAUUUUGUCGUCUUUCCAAUUUCCAUAUGUAGAAAAAUCUCGAGUACUGUGCAUGAUAACUUAAGCGCGACAAUUGCAAGAGGGGGUUCAGUAAAUUUGAAUUCCGCGGAAAGUGGCUGGUUAAUAUCAAGGAAAAUACUUGUGAAAAAUGAGGGUAACUAAUCAUUUUUACUAACUAGAGGUUAGGUUACAUGUAAAUUUAUAUUGUAAAAUAUGCAACAAAUUUGAAAAAUAGAUUAACCGGUAAGACUCUAAUCUCCUUUCAAUGACAAUGGUUCAAAUCCUAAUUUGUUAGUCACUUAACAAGAUUUCGAGCUUUACCAACAGAUGUACAUAAAACUUUGUUUAUGGUAACGUGGAUGUUACAUUAAUUAAAUCUAUACAAGCAGAGCAAAUUGAGAUAGCAAAAUUCAAAAGAUCAGGAGAGUUACUGAACUGGGACGACAUCCAGAAGAUGAAAUACUCAUGGAACGUAGCUUGUGAGGUGAUGAGGCUCGCCCCGCCGCUUCAAGGAGGGUUCAGGGAAGCCAUUAAUGACUUCAUUUUCAAUGGCUUCUUCAUCCCUAAAGGCUGGAAGCUGUAUUGGAGUGCGAAUUCAACCCACAAAAGCGGGCAGUACUUCUCUGAACCGGAAAAGUUCGACCCGAGCAGGUUCGAAGGCGGCGGGCCGGCGCCCUACACGUUUGUUCCGUUCGGUGGCGGCCCGAGGAUGUGCCCGGGAAAGGAAUACGCUCGGCUGGAGAUCCUGGUGUUCAUGCACCAUCUGGUGAAGCGGUUCAGGUUCGAGAAGCUGAUUCCGGACGAGAAGAUUGUGGUGGAUCCGAUGCCCAUCCCGGCUAAAGGACUACCUGUGCGCCUCUUUCCUCACAAGGGGUAGGAAAAUGGCAUGUAUCUAAUUAAGUAGUAGCAAUUCAGUUUCUGUGUGUACUGUUCGUUUUAUGGUUUGCCGGAUUUGGAUAUGUAAUGCAGAUAUGAUGAAUAUGUCUUUUUAGUACCAAGUACCAAUCACUUUUCAUAUAUAUCUAUCUAUCUAUCGUAAUUUGGGUAAACUCUUGGGUACGGCAUGCGCGCUGAGUAAGAAAAGGGUAUCAAGAUCUUGAAUUAACUGGAUUUUGGGCAUGAUACUAUACCUUAACUCUUGAUGGGUGAACAUUAGGCCUUAAUUAGAAAUCUAAAUCAUAGAACCUUGUCCCCUGAGAUUGUGC